CUCUUAACUAUUUGGAAUUGGCUUGUACCCAAUUAUGAAUCUGUCGAAUAUAUGAAAACCAGUUUUUCUUUCAAAUUCUCUCUACUCUUUAUUUGAUUUCUGCAUUCUUAGAUUGGACUCCUAAUACUGAGAUUGGUGAUCGACGCCGGAAGACCACAGGAAAAUGUUUAAAUUUUCCGGGCUCCCCUCGCUCAGGUACUUAGAGAUACUGACGCGGAUGAAGGUGGAUGUCGACAAUAAACUCGACAGCAUCCCCGUGUCGCGUCUCAACACAGAGAAAGAGAUAAGAGUGGAGACUCGCAUCUGUAGAGUUCCUGAGAAACUUCGAGAACUGAAGGAGGAUGCUUACAAUCCCCGAGUUGUUUCAAUUGGACCUUUCCAUUCCUGUAAGGAUUACCUUGCACCAAUGUCACGACAUAAAUACUAUUACAUGUCCCUUCUCAUUCACAGCAAAGAUGCUGAAAACUGCUUGGAUGAAUGCAUCUGCGCUAUUACUGAUUUUGACGUUGUGAUUCGUCAAUGCUACGUCGAAGAUAUCAGUGUUUCAAAUGAUGAGCUUAGACUAAUGAUGUUAGUUGAUGGCUGCUUCAUAUUGGAACUUCUUCUCAGGUUAGCACCUAACUUGGAGUAUAUAAUGCCACAAGAAUACGAAUCUGAUCCAUUAAUAAACAAUGCUUGGAUGAUCAGAGCUCUUUGGCACGAUCUAGCAUUGCUUGAAAACCAGAUUCCCUUCUUUAUUCUGGAAAAGUUGUACGAUAUUAUCAAGCCUCGUUUAAUGAGCAAGUGCAGAGCACCAGAUUCGUCUCUUGCACAAAUGCCCCCUGCUCGCAGCUUCUGGAGUAGAUACUGCCUUCACAGAAUCACAGCCUACAACGUCAGAGAUGGGAGAUCUAGAAUUGCUUUAAACCAUGCUGCAGCCGCUAAUUUGACUCCAGGGAAUCAAUAUUGGGGAUUGAAUUAUUGCGCUGAAGAACUUGUACAGUCCGGAAUUGAGCUUUUUAAAGAGUCAGAGGCUGACUCUUUGGUGAACAUAACCGCCGCGAGACACGGCCAGCUGAUCAAAAUCCCACCGCUGUUCAUUGAUGAGGUAAGGGAUUCACUCUUCAGGAACCUGAUUGCCUACGAGCAAAGCAGUAUUAAAAUUAGUCAUCAUGUUACAUCUUAUGUUAUCCUCAUGAAAAGUCUUAUACGUUCUCCACGAGAUGUAAAGCUUCUUAAGAAAAAAGGCAUCAUAUCUCAGUAUUGGAUUGACGACCAAGAAUAUUCAACUUACUUCAGAAGUCUUCUAGAUGAAGUUUUUCCCACGGACUUCUAUUUCGGUUCUCUGUGUUGCCAAGUGGAUGCCUACGCGAAUAAGUUCUGGUUUCGUAGAAAGAUGAGCGCUCUUUAUCACACUUAUUUCUCAACAGCAUGGAGUAUGACAUCAUUCAUUGCUGCCAUUUGCCUUUUCAUUCUCACAGUCUUACAAACAUACUUUACCAUCAACCCAGCUCGCUAAUUCUUGCUUCAUACAUGUUAAUAUGUCUCCUCUUUUCGUAAAUGCAGUUGGGCCAUGAGUACUAGAUAUCAAGUUUCAGUUUUCAUAAUUAGGUGUAAUUGUAUGGAACCAGAAAUGGUUCUUCUGUAUGAGAAUUGAUUGUCAAUCUUUAAUUCAGGAAUGCUUUCAAGAAAUGAUGAUAGUAUUUUUUCCAAUUAA